AUGCGUGAAAUCCUUGCUUCCUCCUCCACGGUGUGCAAAAUCCGUAGUCUCUGCUCCACCGUGCGAUUCUGUGUCAUCGUGGAGUCGACCCCGUGGCUGCCCAUACAUCCACCUCUCAUCGUUGUCGAAGAAGAAGAAGAAGAAGAAGAUUUAUACUUUGAUGCCAUGGAAGAAGAAGAAGAUUUCUUUGAUGAAAUGGAUGAAAACAACCAUGCUGAUGGUGGUGUUGCCGGCGAUGAUGCUCUUGAUGAGUAUGAGAUACUCACUAAGGUAACUGAUACAUCAGCUGCACAAGCAAGGAAGAAAAAAGACAUUCAGGGUAUUCAAUGGGAUAGAUUGAACAUAUCAAGAGAUAGUUGCAGAGUUACAAGGCUUGAACAGUAUAAGAAUUAUGAGAAUAUUCCUACUUCUGGAGAUGCUAUAAAUGAGGAUUGCAAAAGGUCUGUGAAGGGUGGAAAAUACUAUGACUUUUUCUAUAAUACAAUAAUGGUUAAACCUACCAUCCUUCAUUUUCAGUGUUUCCUCGAGGAAAGUCACCAGCUAAUGCGUUUGCCACCUCGGCAAUCAAUUGCUGAAGCUGAUCUUAUGGUGCCAUUUCAACUGUUAGCUUGGAGCUGUUAUGAAAUGUUCUUUCCCUCUUCUAGGAUGCCAUCUUAUGGAAUCACAGUUAGACCUUCCCUAUUAGAUGUAUCAAGCGCAAACACUUCAGCAGAUGGAAGCUCUAGUGAUUGA